AUGCUCACCGAAUACUUUGUCGCUGGCAUAGCAGCGUCGACAAAGGCAAACACGGGCGUGACCAAGGAUGCAGGCAUCUUCGUGCACGAGUUCCAGCCAUUGGCAGCGCAGCGCCAUGUCUUCAAGAAGAGCGCGACUGCCCCCAACGGCAUUGCCGUGAGCAGCUCGCAUGUCUUCGCAGCGCAGGCAGACAAGGCCAUUGUGCACGUGUACAGCCGCGAGAAGGGCAACCAGGAGGCGCUGGUGCCAUUCCCAGAGCGCAUCCACAGCAUUGCGCUCGCGGCCCAGGACACGGUGCUGCUGCUGGGCACCGAGAGCGGGCGCGUCCUGGCCUGGGAGAUCUGCUCGGGGCGGCUCGUGUCGACGUCGACGUCGCAUCUCCAGCCCGUCACGUCCAUCGUCGUCGACGCUUCGUCCAACUUCUUCCUCUCCGGCUCGUCAGAUGCCAUGAUCCACGUCUGGGCCCUGCCCGCCAUCCUCUCCUUCUCGCCCGACACGUCACGCUCGCCCAUUCACACCCUCUCGACCCACCGCGGCCCCAUCUCGUCGAUUGUGUGCGGCCACAGCGCGAGCAGCGCCAACAUCGCUGUGUCCAUCUCGGGCGACAAGUCGGCUAUCGUGUGGGACUACCACAACGGCCAGGCUCUGCGCACCUACCUCCUGCCCGAAGCCCCUACCGCCGUUGCCCUGGAUCCUGCCGACCGCGCCUUCUACGUAGCAUAUGGGGAUGGCAGCCUACAGACGGUAGACUUCUACGACGAGGUUCAGAAAGCUUCGCCCACCGAUGUGCUGCGUGACGCUUCGUCAUCCCACCGUCCCGUGCAGCUCUUGCCCAAGACCAGGUUCAGCGCCGAUUCGCAGAAGCUUGGGGCAGCCCUCACUAUAAGCUUGAGCUGGGACGGUACCACUCUCAUAUCAGGCCAUACGAGCGGCAAGAUCGCCACCUGGGACGUAGCCAAGGGCAAUUAUCUCUCCACCCUGACAAACCUCCCGGGUCCCGUGUCGAACCUGCGAUUUCUUCGACCGACAGGUUUUGCCAACUCGUCCGAAUCGAGCUUCAAGAUCCAGGCGGUUGUCAAGCCGAAACAAGACGCAGGGUUGAUUAGCAGCGGAAGCGGCCUCGUCCCGCCAAACUAUACCUUGAACAUGCAGUUUACAGGGCGAUUAUGCAACCCUCACCUGUCUGCUACCGAAGGGCCAUCGCCGAAAAACUGUGCAUUCAAUGACGCCCUCACACACCCCAGUUUUCCCACCAGCAUGCUCGAGGAAAGUCUUGCCGAGCUGGAAUCCUGGGGUGCCCCGUCAAAAGGCAGUGUUGCUCCAGUAGCCGACUUCGCAGCACCGCAUCAAGACGACAACGGUACUCCGUCCGGUUCAACAAAUAAUGCUCAACAAGAAGAACUGAAAGAGCUGAAGAAGCAGAUUGCGAGUCUCCAACGCAUCCAAAAAGUCACUUUCUCCCAACUUGCCGAACUACGCGAAGAGAAGGAGUAUUUUGUUGGCCGAGAGAAGCGAAGAGCGGAGCGUGUCAAAACACAUGCGAAAAAGAAAGUAGGUUCCACCAACGGCGAAACGUCCGAUCGUGCAGACGAAGAUGUGGAGAUGGAUGAUGAUGAUGAUGAAGCCUCCGCUUCCGAGUCAGACUCGGAUCACGUUGAUGCAGCCACGCGUUGA